ACAUAUGAAAGACAUUACAAUUUAUUAAAAAAAUAUGCCUGGAUUGACAUCUAAUGAAAGUUUUUCUCAAAAUUCAAAUAUAUCAAGUCCAUCACUUGAUUUAAAUAGUUUUGAUGACAACAACUCCACACUUGUACAUAGUGAUAACAUCAAUGAUGAAAGUGAUGAUAUAAAUACAUCUUUUACAAGUCAAAAUAGCCAUAGUCAAGAUUCACUGGGUCAAAGACUUCAAACUUCACCAAGCUUUACAAGUCCUAUUACAGUAUCAAGCCAACAUGAGGUCUCUAGUGAAUUAAUUGAAAACACAAGUACUGUUUAUAGAAAUAAAAAGGUGAACGAUCGGCGUAUUUCAAAUCGCAUAACUGCAAAACCAAAUUUUUUCGAUGCAUCACCUAUUGCAGCAACAAAUAUGACCAAAUCAUCUAAUAAUAAAUCUCAAUCUACCACAGUGAAAGUGGUGGAUUCAGAUGAUGAAGAUAAAAUUGAUGACAGUGAAUCAUUUGUUAAAAAUGAAGAUAAGUUUAAAAAGCCAACACUACCUCCAAAAAAGAAAUCGACUAAAACUCCGUUAGACGUAAAAGUGAAAAAAUCUAUGAACAACAAAGUAAAGUCAUCUGUGCUAUCUGAUGAAUCAUCUUUAUUUGACAUUGUAAAAGGAGGAAAAAGUGCAUUAGCUAGUGUCAUAGAUGAUUGGAUUGAUAAUUACAAUCACAAUAAAUCAGAUGCUAUGGUUGAACUUUUACAAUUUAUUGUUAAUUGUACUGGCUGCAAUGCACAGGUUAAACGUUCUAUGAUCGAAGAAGAUUCUGUAAUGGUGAUUCGUCAUUUAACAGAAAACUUUGGUGAGCAAGCUGAAGAGUAUCCUUUGAUUAUAAAUAGACCAGAAUUCAAAAAAUUCAAGGGACAUUUUGCAUUAUUCAUCACGCAACUGGUGAAUAUGUGUCAGCAUGGCAUUAUUUAUGAUGACGAAAUGAUUGUUGUUCUUGUCAAUUGGAUUGUCACAUUAUCUUCAUCUCCAGUACGAGCUUUCAGACAUACAAGUACAUUUGCAGGUCUAAAGUUAAUGACUGCUUUAAUUGAUGUAGCAUUAAAAGUUGGAGUGGAAAUUGAUAAUAAUAAGAGACAGUUGGACAAUGAGAAUCAAACAGCUAUAGCAAAGCGAUCUAGAGAAAAAGUUGAAAAACUUAAAAAAAAAAGUGAAGAGCUAAAGCAAAACCAGGAGCGUUUGGAAGAUUUGAUGAAUCAUAUUCUGAACUCGAUUUUUGUUGCAAGAUAUAGAGAUAUUCGUCCUGAAAUUAGAUUGCUCUGUUUUUCAGAAAUGGGCAUAUGGAUGAUAAAAUACAGUCAUUACUUUCUCAAAGAAAAUUUGAAGUACCUGGGAUGGACACUUUAUGAUAAAGUAUCUGAAGUUCGUCUUGAAGUUUUAAAAGUUUUACAUGAAUUAUAUAAAAAUGAACAUUUGGUUGAGCAACUUGUCUUAUUUACAGGAAGGUUCAAGAGUCGCAUAAUUGAUAUGACACUUGACAUGGAUACUGAUGUAGCAGUUGAAGCUAUAAAAAUUGUUUCUAUACUUUACAAAUAUGGAGUUCUUGAUACAGAAGAAUGCAGUCUAGUUGAACAACUUGUAUUUUGUGACCAGCGUAAAAUUGCUCAUGCUGCUGGAGAUUUUCUAGCACUCCAUAUUGAUCAGUUAUCAUCAGAAGCCACUCCAACAAAAAUGAAAAAAGGACAAAAAGAGGAGUAUCUUUGUCAAAUGAAAAUCAGAGCUAUUAUAGAUUUUUUUCUCAAGACUGAAGUUCAUGACCAUUGUGCUUAUAUUGUUGAUAGUUUGUGGGAACAUGCAAAUCUAGUAAAAGAUUGGAAAACAAUGACAAGUAUGCUUCUUGAUCCUAAUCCUCUAAUAGAACUUGAAGAUGAGGAGGAGAGAGUUUUAAUAGAUAUAAUGUGCUCAGCUUGCAAACAAGCAGCUGAAGGCUUACCUCCUCCAGGAAGAACUCUUAAUAGAAAGUUGAGCCAAAAAGAAAAGGAUACAAUUAAUGAUGACAGGAAUGCAAUAAGCAGCCAUUUCAUGGAGUACUUGCCUAAAUUUUUAGAAAAGUAUAAAGCAGAUGUAGUCAAAACCAAUGAAUUGUUAACAAUCCCACAAUAUUUUAGACUAGAUGUUUAUGCUGAAAAGAGACUAACUAAGCACCUGGACGCUCUUCUAAGCCACAUGGAAGACAUAGUACUCAAGAAUACAGACUCCAAUCUUUUGUUGACCUGUGCACAGACAUAUUACUACUUAAUAGAUACAGAUUUGGGUGUCAGGCAAAAUGCUGAAAUCUCCAAAAAUAAGACAUUAGAUUGUGUUGUUGAAAAGUUGCGCAAGAGUAUUGCAUUUGGCAUACCUAAUGAUGGAGAGGAUAAAAAAUCACAGUCAUACUUUAAUGUUGUAACAAACCUGAAAAAAAUAGAUGCAUUUAACAGAUUUCAUGAUCUUUCUGAUUGGGAUUUAUAUGAAGACAUCAAUGCCAUAAUUGAUCAGGGUAUAAAUGGAAGUGUUGAUGAGGAGGUUUUGCUGUUAUCAAUUAGCAUAACCAAUAUGACUUUACUUAUGUCUUUUACAAGUAUUGAUGCUGACAACCCAGAUAAGGGUGUUAUGAAAAUCUUGCGUAAACGGCAGAAGCACUUUGUAAAGCAAUCAGAUGAAUUGUUGCAGUUUGGUGGUGCCAAAAUAAAGACUCAAAUAUUCAAUAUUCUAUGUGACUUCUUUAUCAUGUUUUCCAAACAGAUUCUUAACAAAGCUCCAUUGUUGGCUCCAAUUGUGUAUGAAGCCGACUCCAACUUACAAGUUCAAAUGCGUGAUUUUGUCAUAACUCAUGUUUUCAAUACAAUCAGUGAAGAAGUAUUGCAAGAUGAAGAAGAUGAUUUAAAAGCUCAAGAACUUCACAGCAAACGAUUACUACUUGCUGGGUUUUGCAAGCUUCUUAGCUUUAAUGUUUUUGACAUUAAGCUUGCUGCUCCAAUAUUCGGACAGUUUUUACGAGGUUAUGCUGAUUAUUCAGACAUUAUAAAACAAUUGAUGACAUAUGCACGUGAAAAUAACAUUAUCUUAUUUUCAAAAGUUUUGUUGUUUUCUCUACAGCAGGCCUUUGAAAGUUUACGCGAAGAUCAUAAUGGCAAAAUUGAUGUAAAAUCUGAGGAAUUUCACAGCAUCAAAGAUUUAGCCCAUAGGUUUGCUCUUAUGCUUGGUGUCAAUACACACUUAGAUAAUCCAAGAAAAAGUACUAUUACAAUUCAUAGAGAAGGAAUUACAUAUGCAUUUAAUAAUAGUGAUAAUGUUAGUGUACCCACUAAUAUACUAUUUUUGGAAGUGUUGCAUGAGUUUACUUAUCGUUUGACUAAAAUUGAUAGAAAAGCAGUUUUGAACCACUUAAAAGAAGUUGGUGGAAACAUGCUUACUAAGAAAGGUCCUGAGUGGAUGCCAAUUCAAACUUAUCAAAAUGGUUUAACAAGUAGUGCUGAUGAGUCCAAAGUCAUAAAGGAUGAUGCUGAUCAAGAAUUAGAAGAUGCUAUUAACUUAGAGAAAAAAACCAAGUCUAUUGUUGAAACUGCAAAAAAAGCACCAGCUCCUCGUAAUGACAAAAAAGUACCAGUUCCUCGUAAUGACAAAGCAAGAAAAAAGUUGUCAAUGAGUAAAGCUAGUGAAUCAGGGAGAUGGUUAAAUGCCAGUAAGAUUAAAACUGAUAGGAAAAUCACAAGUGUAAAUAAAUCCAAAACGAAAUCUCCUAAGAAUAAAAAUAUUUCACUUGCUCCAAAUUCUCAUAGUGGUGAUGAUGCAUCUGUGGAUUUUCAGAUUGAAAAGUCCUCCAAAAAAAAGACAACAAAAGUUGCCAAAUCUAUUACAAAAGGUGGUAAAUUAAAUGUAACGAAUUCCCCUAGUUUGCCACUUAUGCAAAAAUCACUUAUAGAUGGUAAUAAUGACACAGAUCAAAUUGAAAAGACUCCUAAAAAAAAGACUUUGCCAAAAGUUGCCAAAUCUAUUCCAAAAGCUAUAAAACUAAGUGUAAAGAGUUCUCCUGAUUCACCUCAUAUACAAAAGUCAAUUAUUGAUAAAAAUGAUUCAGUUUGUCAAUUAGAAGAAUCUUAUGAAGAAAGUGUAUCUAAAGUAAGAGAUAUACAAAGUUCUAAAAAACGAACAAAACCUAUUUCAAAUGCAAAAAAAAUUAUAAAAUCAAAAGAAAAAAAUAAAUUAGAGAAUCAAGAAUCAGAUCAGUCAUCUUCUGAACAUUCUCCAGAAAAACCUAUUAAAAAUCAAAACCAAAAAGCAAAAAAUGAUCAACUAUUAUCUGCUGUGAAUAAUGAACCUGCAGAAACUUUAUCUGUGGAGAAGAACAGAAAGUUUGCCGGGAAAAAAAGAGGUUCUGUUGCAAGUUCUCCACUGAGGUUAAGUAUGAAGUCUCCUGCAAAGAAAAUCAAGCUACAAAGUAACGAGUCUUCUGUGGUAGAUGAUGGUGAAUCGAGUCAAGAAAACAAAUCUAGCGCAGAAGACUCCUUUACUAGUGAAGCUGGUGAUUCUCACAAAAAGAAAUUUGCCAGAAAAUCUUAUGAAAUGAGAUCUACAGCACCUUUAAAACGAAUCAGAACAAAUGAAGAAAUUUCAAGUAGUGGUGUUACAAGUAGUACAGGCAGCAGUUCUACAAAUAGCCCACUUUCUAAUAGGUUAACAAAAAAACAAAAGCGUGAUUUGUCUCCAGAUGCUUUAAACGAAUCCCAAGAUUUACUUGAAUCGUCUCCAUAACAUUUUUUUGGUUUUUUUGAAUAGAGCUGAUGGAGAAUUGUGAUACCAGUGGCAUCUUAGACUGUUCAGCUUAUCUUUUAAACUAACGUCACAAUAUAAGUGUAACGGUUCCUUCAUUGAAAGAUAAUCAAACUGUCUCUUGUAUGGUAUCGAAAUGAUUUUUAAUGUACAUAUUUAAAUAACCCGUGUCAUUAUUGUAUAAAAAAAAGUUUUAAGAUUUUA